UCAGUGCUAUAAAAGCAGGCCGAACACAAAAAAAACCCGCCGCCGUCGUAAGCAGAAGAAAGCAACCAGAAACUCGCCGGCGAAAUUAACAACAUUCGACAAAGAUGUUACAGAACAAAUCAUUCUCGCGGAAAACGAGGCAAGGGAAAGUUAUCAAGGUAGUUAGAGAACACUAUCUGAGAGACGAUAUAUACUGUGGUGCUCCGUUUUGCAAAGUCUGCGAUUCUUCAGCUGCUCGCUUGAGCUCCACUGCCUCCACUGUUCUAAUUGUUGACACCAACGUCGUUCUUAAUCAGAUCGACUUGCUGGAGAAUGAGGCAAUUGAUGAUGUUGUCGUAUUAUCAGUUGUUCUUGAUGAGGUCAAGAACAAGAAUCUCGGAGUUUAUAAUAGACUUAGAGCCCUCUGCAGCAACUCUGUGAAGAAGUUCUUUGUUUUCUCUAAUGAAUACCACAAGGAUACCUACGUGAAGGCCAUGGUUGGCGAAAGUCCCAAUGAUCGGAAUGAUAGAGCUAUUCGGGUGGCAGCUCAGUGGUAUCAGAAUCAUCUUGGCAAUACAACUAGGGUUGUUCUAAUCACAAAUGAUAGGGAUAAUAAGAGGAAGGCCGUUGAAGAGGGCAUUUCUGCUGAGACAGUUGAGGCGUAUGUAAAAUCACUUGGUCAACCUGGAUUGCUUGACCUGCUUGUUCAAGCUCCUUCAGAAGAUGUAGGCAUGGAGGAUGUUGAAGAUCUGAGACCUUCAAAGAAGAAAAUUAUUUAUACUGAGCAUAAACCUAUGUCAGAGAUUACUGCUGGCUUGAGUCGUGGGAUUUUCCAUCAAGGGAAACUUCGUGUCAAUCGUUACAAUCCAUUUGAAGCCUAUGUUGGAAGUGAGAGCAUUGGAGAUGAGAUAAUUAUAUACGGGCGUGCAAACAUGAAUAGGGCUUUUAAUGGUGAUGUAGUGGCAGUGGAACUUUUGCCUCAAGAGCAAUGGCAUGAAGAGAAGUCACUGUCCAUAGCUGAUGAAGAGGAUGAGGAAGAAGAUGAUGUUCAUCUGGUUCCAAGCAGUGCUGAUGAUGCUCCUAGAGUUACAAAUCAAAUGCAAAGUUCUUUGGGAAAUGCAAAUCCUGUAUCUUCUCGUCCAUCUGGUCGUGUUGUUGGGGUCAUAAAACGGAACUGGCACUCAUAUUGUGGAUCGUUGGAACCAAUGCCCAUGCCUGCAGGCUCUGGUGGUGUUGCCCAUGCUUUAUUUGUCUCCAAAGAUCGCAGAAUUCCAAAGAUUCGGAUUCAAACUCGACAACUUGGAAAUCUUCUGGACAAGAGGAUUAUUGUUGCUGUUGAUUCUUGGGAUUGUUUAUCCCGAUAUCCUUCUGGCCAUUAUGUACGAACAUUAGGAGAAAUCGGUGAUAGAGACACAGAAACUGAGGUUGUAUUGAUAGAGAAUGAUAUUGACGCCAGGCCAUUUUCUUCUCAAGUUUUGGCAUGCUUGCCCCCAUUGCCAUGGUCUGUGUCUUCUGAAGAUCUGGAAAAUCCUAUUAGGCAAGAUUUGCGUCAUUUACGUGUCUUUAGUGUUGACCCUCCAGGAUGCAAGGACAUUGAUGAUGCAUUGCACUGUACAGCUCUUCCAAAUGGAAAUUUUGAAGUGGGAGUUCAUAUUGCUGAUGUUACAAAUUUUGUGCACCCUGGAAGUCCCCUUGACGAUGAGGCUACACAAAGAGGCACAUCGGUCUACCUCGUUGAGCGGCGAAUUGACAUGCUGCCUAAACCUCUAACAGAAGAUAUUUGUUCUCUUCGAGCUGAUGUGGAGAGACUAGCAUUUUCUGUCAUCUGGGAAAUGACGCCUGAAGCAGAGAUUAUCUCUUCUCAAUAUACAAAAAGUGUCAUCAAAUCAUGUGCAGCAUUAUCAUAUGUUGAAGCUCAAGCAAGGAUGGAUGAUAGUCGCUUGAUGGAUCCAGUAACUACAGAUUUGAGAAACAUGAAUGCGUUGGCAAAGGUAAUGAGACAAAGGCGUAUUGAUAGAGGUGCCUUGACUCUUGCCUCUGCUGAGGUGAAAUUUCAAAUUGAUACAGAAACUCACGACCCUCUUGAUAUUGGAAUGUAUCAAAUUCGAGAAGCAAACCAGAUGGUGGAGGAGUUUAUGCUUGCUGCUAAUAUUUCAGUUGCAGAAAAAAUCCUUUCACAUUUUCCAUUGUGUUCGUUGCUGAGGCGCCAUCCUAGUCCAACCAAAGAGAUGCUUGAACCUUUGCUUCGUACAGCUACUGCGAUUGGUCUUAAUUUGGAUGUGUCGACAUCCAAAGCAUUGGCAGAUUCACUUGAUCGUGCUGUGGGCGAUGAUCCAUACUUCAAUAAACUGAUUCGCAUCCUUGCGACUAGAUGCAUGACACAGGCCGUCUAUUUCUGUAGUGGAGAUCUCACUCCCCCAGAGUUCUAUCAUUAUGGUCUUUCAGCACGUCUCUAUACGCACUUCACCUCUCCUAUUAGGAGAUAUGCAGAUGUCAUUGUACACAGGUUGCUUGCGGCAGCUUUGGGCAUCUACAAGCUUCCAGGCAUAUUCCAAGACAGGCCCCAACUUACCAGUAUCGCAGACAAUUUGAAUUAUCGGCAUAGGAAUGCCCAGAUGGCGAGCCGGGCCUCAGUAGAGCUUCACACUCUCAUCUACUUCCGGAAAAGGCCGACUGACACAGAGGCCAGAAUUGUGAAAAUAAGAUCGAACGGCUUUAUUGUUUUCGUUCCCAAGUUUGGUAUUGAAGGGCCUGUGUACUUGGCACCAAGAAAUGACAAGGGAGGUGGAGAAUGGUUGGUAGACGAGCAGCAGCAGAAGGUUAAGAAGACUGACGGUAGCAUUUCAUUUGGUGUUCUGCAGACGGUGAGAAUUCAUAUGGAGGUUGUGGAGCCCCAACCCAACCGGCCGAAGCUCCAACUUACCCUCAACUGAUAGAAUCUGUAAGGAAGAGGAUUCUCACUGACUGGACCCUUCCCAUUGGCCAUUGGUUCAUCUUUUAGAGCUCGUAAAAAAUAUCUACCAUAUCAAAAAUCUUGUCGAUGGAUUUCGAUCGUUAUGAUUUUGGAACACAUUUAUUUUGAAGAAAAUAAACUACUACAAGGGUUGGAACCAUUAUUUGUCUUAAGAUAAAUGAGUUGUGAUCAUAUGUUUUAUUGAAAUACAAUCGACAUAAUGUUUGACAUGGCAUAUGUUUUUGAAGAGCUCUAAAAGAUGAAGUGGUCCGGGAAAGCCACAAAUAUGGCCCAACAGGAUGGUCACUCCAGUUCCUUCUAGGGAUUGGAGAGGAGCUGGAUCCAAUGCAUAACCUUCUCAUUUUAUACACAUGAUUUACACCAACAGCUGAGAAACCAUGUAAUAUCUUUUUGUUUUUUCUUGUAUAUGGAAAGAGUAGUACCUUAAGAGCAGAUUGUGACGUAGGUAUGAAUUUUUUUUGCGAGAAAAUAAAUUAAUUCAUUUUAUUUCCAUCA